CCACAGAAACAUCUUCGGUCGUUGAGGAACUCAAUCAGUGACGUGCCGAGAGCAGGUUGUGACUUUAAGCGUCCGUAGCUACGCUUUAUCCUUACAGGCGUCUUUACGGCUCAUGAGAACCGAUCUUUAAAUGUGGAAAGUUUUAAAUGCAAGCAAACGUGGAUCACAUUCCAGCGCCUCUGAGCACCUCUGUCUCCUCCAGGUGCUUUGGCUCAUUGGCCAGAAGUUCCGUGUCCAACUUAGAAAAGCAUCAGUCGCACCUUAUCCGGACAUUUCCUUGGGAAAAGAUGAGGAAGGAGCCAGACACAAUGAACUCGAGUCAAGACAGCAGCCUAAGAAAAAAGCUUGUCAGAGAGCCAAACAAAUACAGUUCUACAGUCCCUGUCCAAUUCACCAGAAGUGCUAACAGAGAUCUAUCGAAUGACGAAAGUGUCUGCUCUCAGAGUUCCGCUGGUGACUGUAGCCCAGUGAGCCUUCUCACAACAUGUUCAUGCAGUGCUGGCUAUGCCACAGGCUUCUCCACUGGACACAGCUCCAUCUACUCCUGGAGAUAUGAUGAGUUUGACCGGGAGAAUACCCAACAUGUGCGACAGCUUUUUAGCGCCCUGGAUGAACUGCUGUAUGAAGGUAAAGUGUCCAGUAAGUCAAAGACUCUACGCUUGGAGUGUGAGGAGUGGAACACACACUCCCCCCACCUCAGGAUUUUAGGCAGUCAGCUGGAGCCUCCGAAACAAGAAGGAAUUCAGUAUGUGCAUUGCAGCCCCACUAGGACUCGAGCAUCACCUCCAUGUCUGGAUACAAGAGACAACUACAGCGAGCUAUGCAUUGAGGGUCACAGACUAGCUCCAGGAUCCGUGUCUGGUUUGUCUGUACACUCCGGGUUGCCUAUUUCAGGUCUAUCAUGUUCUUUUAUUCCACAAGAGGAGGAGAUCUAUGAGGUAGAGGGCAGGAUUGAGGAGUUUCUAGCUUAUGAUGGAAGAGAAAAGGACAAUAAUGAAAUGGAUCAGAGGAAGGCCUUUGCCUCCUGGGAUGGUGUACCUCGCAUUUCCCCCAAUGCCUGCAUCCAUGCCGCUGUGGCUGAUGAGCUGUUUGAUGAUGUAUGGCGGGAUGUAGUGAGUUUACUGGAAGUGCUGUUGUGCAAACACUGGGAGAAGCAACACUCUGAUCGAGCAACACAGAGAUGGACACUGGAGAGCUCAAGCCAAAUCUUCACUGAACGUUCAUCACAUCUCCCAUCAAGGGGAAGUCACAUUUUUCCUAGCAGAGGCCACAAUAGCAGGAACAUGUUUCUGUGGCCAAACACAUAUAAUGGGCAGGACUCAAAUGUCUUUAAGACUAAUUUAAAUGGUGUAAUGACAAUCCAAGCGAAACCUUUACAACAGAGACAGCAGGGAUAUGGUGAAAGUUCAUUGUGUGACCUAGAUGAUGGAAGCACCACACUCACUACACUGAAGACCCCAAAUGGACUGAGCACACAGUCACACAAACCCUCUGGCCAGCGGAUUCUCCCCAGACUCGGCGGCAAAGCUCUUCAGCGUCACAACUUCCCAGCACAAACCUCUCUGCGAGGAACCAGAUUAUCCACCGUAGCUGAGGACCUGCUUACCAAACCCAGUGCAGUUCAGAACCACAGACUUCCUCUCAUUCACGUUGACACUGCAAAGCAAGAUUGUAGCAUUCCUGCUCUCAGACAUACACAGCUCAGGGGUCGGAUCAUGAGAGGUGGUGCAGUGCACACAUUGUCUAGCCUUCCACCCCUGAAAGAGCCCACUCUACUGCUGGAGUCCCUAUCCCGCCCCAACACCAACCAGACAUUCAGAUCAGACACAACCAUGAAAUGUUCCUACACAGCCAUGGAUUUUGCCUUUAGUAUGAGGACAGGGAGAAGCCUUUUCACUGGGAACUUCGCCAAAACAGGUGAUGGCACACCGAUGGGUGUAACAGGCUUUAGCAUGGGCAUAACCUCUUCUACAGCAAAUGGCUUUUCUGACUGUGCUGCACCAGCGAAAAGACGCACACAUCUCUCUUCCUCUGAUGGGGAAGGAGGGAACACAACUAUACUUGGAUCAAUAGGUGCUCGGAAGGCAUUAAGUCGGUUUCCAGUACACAGGAGGAAGAAGUUUCACAUGGUAAUACCACAGCAUAUUUAAUAGAUGUUUACAACAUUGAAGGACACUGCAAUGAAUGCAUCUCUUCACUGACUAACAAUGUGUAGGAAUACAAUUUUUUGGUGCUUUGCUGUGCAAGUAAUCACACUUGCACUAAAACAUGUUUUAUUGCCAUUUACACAUUCAUUUAUAAUUAGAAAGAAAUACCCAGAUAGUAGAAGUUCUGUUGACAUUUAAAAUGAACAUAUUUCCAAUUAUAUUCUUAAUUAUUUAGUAUUGAGAAAUCCAUGCCGGUUUUAAAUGCCAAGUUGGUGUAUGUAAAAAUGUAUGUAUUAAUGUAUUGCAAUAAAUCAAUUUUUACUGUA